AUGAACGCUUCCGUAAGCGCUGAUCUUGCGGCAGGUCUCCUCGAUACGGUUCUGAGCAGCCUUGACGAUUCCAAAGCUGAGGACCUGAUAACUCUCGACAUCGCAGGCAAAAGCUCCCUCGCGGAUCACAUGGUAAUUGUGUCCGGGCGUUCCCAUCGUCACGUUGGGGCCAUUGCGGACCAUUUGCUGAAGGAUCUGAAAUCGGCCGGAUUGAAAUCGGCAACGGUGGAAGGUCAGAGCACCUGUGACUGGGUGCUGAUCGAUGCAGGCGAUGUGAUUGUUCAUAUUUUCCGUCCGGAGGUACGCGGUUUCUACAAUCUCGAAAAGAUGUGGGCACCGGACACGGACGAAGCGCCGCAAUAUAUCGGCUGA